ACCUUUACUCACAUCAGAGUACACACAUACUCUGACACACCACAAAAACAUGUUUAUCAUGGUGGAAUACCACCUGACUGAUGCUACAUUGCAGAAUUUGGAGUGUCCUGCCUUCGGUGUUUCAGCAUAAGUACUCAUACACUGCAUUCAAAUCAAGCACUUAGUACUAAGAAGUAAUAUUUAGUACUGAUAAUGACACCUGGAGCACUAUGGAUUAUUACCAUGUCUGGGAUGUGCAUAGUCAUUCAGAGCUCAGUUACAACAGUUCAUCUGAGGAACAUGGAGAACUUUAUUACUGCUGUUACACACUUGGAAGGUUUAAACCCAAGACUAAGUCCGCUGGCUUUAAUGACGAGUCUACACAAGAUUGCAGACCAAAGUGACAAUAUCGCAAACGACUUUCUGGAAUCAUCUGACAACAGAGAUGAAAUUCACUACAAAAACAACAGCUUUACAGAGCUGCUCAAUAUUAACCACAAUCUCUCCAAUUUCUUCAAACAAGCCAUUCAUUAUUUCAUAACAGAUGGUCACGAAGAGAGGGGAGUUGUUCUGACUCCUGAUGGCACGACGAUUGCCCUUGCUCCCCUCCUUUCAGGUCUUGAAUCUGGGCUACGAGUUAAUGAAUACAGUAACCAGCCUCACGGUUUCUACCUACUCCCACUGGCCAAGAACUUAGGCCUGUCAUUUCUGCAGUUUCGGAACACAACUCCACCUGAUCAACUUGGGCCGGAUGGUUGUUGGGACAGUGUAUCUGCUCCUAUGGUUUUUACUCUUUCAGGCGUGCCUUCAUUGGCCACUGAUGCUCUGGUCCAUGGUGGAAUGGACGGAGCCAUACUUGGGAAGCACCUUUCUGUUGUUAACAGCACUGAAAUAAACUUAAGCACACUACUGAGGAGCUACUACUCAGCGACUAUGGAAGAGUCGGAUCAUGUCUCAGAUACUCUUCUGAGAGGUCGCUAUCGCAGACAUAAUUUUAAAAAGAUCACAAAUUCAUCACUGCUUCAAAAGAAGGUAGCACAUGCACUAGAUGCUCUUCAACAACAUGGGGACAUUGGGAUGGAAAUUCUUAUAGAAAAGGGAAUUAAAGAGUUUGUGCUACGUUACAUGGAGUGUCCUGCCAUCAUUCCUAGAUGUAUAUGGGGAGCAGCGCCACCCCAGGUUCCUCUCGCCCCUCUGUCUCCACCCCUGCAAUAUCUGUAUAUUCACCACACACAGAUUCCCAGCAAACCCUGUCUAAACCUUCAGACGUGUUCCAAAAAUAUGAGGGCAAUGCAACAUUUCCACCAGAAGGAACGGGGUUGGUACGACUUAGGCUACAGCUUUGUGGUUGGGUCUGAUGGCUACAUCUACGAAGGUCGAGGUUGGAUGUGGGCAGGGGCUCAUACUAAGGGACGUAAUACUGUUGGGUAUGGUGUUGCUUUCAUCGGGAGCUACAGCACUCAUUUACCCUACCGUUAUGACAUGGAGCUUGUGCACCAUCAUCUGGUCAAAUGUGGAGUGAGCAACGGAUUCCUCCAGGAGAAUUACACCAUUCUGGGACAUAGACAAGUAGUAGCAACUGACUGCCCAGGAGAUUCCCUGUAUUCUGAGAUAACCACCUGGGAACACUAUAAAGAUACGGAUCCGUUAAAGUAACAGUGUGGACAUCUGCUGUCACUGACAUGAAAUGACUUGAAAACCCACUAAUUUUAAUGAAAAAUACAUAUAAUUUAAAAUAUAAUGUCAAAGUUAAAAGGAUGACACUGAAAUGUAAGGUUAUCUGCAUAAAACAUGACAUUAGCAUUAGUUUGUACAUUGGUUGGGAGUC